AUGACGAUCGUCAGCCUGAACGUCGAGGGAAUCACCAAGAAUAAAGAGGAUGUAAUAUCGCAACUAUGCCAAUCAGAAAAGUGGGAUGUACUAUGCCUGCAGGAAACUCAUAGAGAUGAAACAGCAAAGAGACCCAAUAUCAAAGGAAUGCGCUUGGCAGUAGAAGCACCUCACAGAAGCUCGCCGAUUAUUCUAAGUUGCAUUCACAUUUUACAUGCAUAUGAUGGCUAUUCGUCAUGUGCAAAACCAUACAGGACAUCUAAAUCUCAUGAACCACCAUGUGACUUUCAGAAGCAAUCAUGGUGCACAGUCCCUGGAAGUGCCUACCCCUGGCAUGCAGUUCGUCGAUUUGUCCAGGAGAACCAUGGCCUGAUGGGAAGAAUGUAUGGUGAAGAAAGACACAUUUCCGUCCUCAGAGCUGAAAUUGUGUCCAAUGAUGUGAAUUACAUGCACGACAAUGAAUGGAAGCUAGGAGAAUCGCGAAGAAAAUCAUUCAGAAAUAAGGCUCCUGUGACAAGUGCCACUACAAAGGAACAGAAGCAAGAAGCUCUCUCUUCCUCUACCUCAACUGAAGCACCUCAAGGAACAACUACAAACACUAAGAGCACUACACAGAACACGACACAGAAUCUGAAGCCAUCUCCAUUAACCACUACCAAUUUUUCCUCAAAGUAUAAUACCACCCAGCAUACAACUGUAACACCUGCCAGCACACUGCUGACAACUACUGCUCAAGAUAACAGUACAAAUUUCAUUGAAGACUGUACAGAAGACAGCUUUAUGGGAUCAAGCCUUGUGCCAGAUCUUAUUACUGAUCAGAUUGAAAUUACAACUGACACAGUUAUUGUUACAAAUACUCACAUAACAACUACUGAAGGGACAACCAGUACAACAGCACAGCUACUGAAGGAGGACGUUUCAGAAACUAUGCUUUUUCAAGAUGCACAAGCAAAGCAUAAGGAACAGCCACUGCCAGCACACAGACUUCGAGGAGUGAAUGCUUGUCCUGUGAAAGAAGAAGUUGUAGCAUCUUUUUGGGCUAACAACACCCGUGGGGAAGUUCUUGCUUUAUUGAAUUUGUAUCCAUUUGAGCAAUAUGUUCACUGGGAAAAAUGCACGUAUGAGCUGAAACAAAUGUACUGUCGUGAAGGGUGUCGCUGUGAACAACAGAAUCGUCUUCACAGACAGUUGGCGUAUGACCCCAACAAUGAAUGUCGUGGAAUAUUCUCUGAUUGGUUUAAAUUUCCGUCAUGUUGUGUUUGUCGCUGCUAUGACCUGCCACCUGAAUUCCUUGUUGUUUGA